AUGGCGCAUGUCGAGGACAGCACGUCGUGCACCGAGACUCGGUGGGAUACAGACGGCGCGUCGCACACCGAGGCUCCACAAGACGAUGAUGACAUGUCGCAGAUCGAGGGCCGGAAUGAGGGCAGCACUCAACUGGAACAUGAUGCAGCGGCAGCUCGACAGAGACGGAGAAUCGCUCAAUUAGAGGAAAAGUUGGAGGCUCUCGAGUCAGGGCGCGCAGCCAAAAAUAAGCAAACAAACUACUUUGUGGCUCGAGGAAGAGCGAUCAGACGCGUUGUCACACUGUUCGAUAAUAUCGAAGACCUCGUCAAUGAAAACGACAGAAGAUGCGAGACUGAUGACCAGGACCAUACUCUUGAAUUGACUGCAGAUAGGAAAGGCUCGGAAACGCAGUACGACGAGUACUUACAUAUGUUGAAGAUGCUUCGGCAAGGGGCCGAUAGCACCCGAGGAGACGAUACCUCAAAGCUUAAGAAUCUCGUUGCGGAAUGGGUUAAUCGUGAUUUCAAGCCGACCCACCCUGUUGACCCCGACGAUAAACAUUCUCGUGGAUUUACCCAUGAUGUAUGUGGCAAGUUGCUCUGCCCGGCUGAGCUUGAUUGGAACAACCUAGAUGUAAGGACAGGGAUCCGAGAUCGUUCAGAGGGCCACAUUGUGACAGAUCUCUCUUUUCCGGCAUUCCUAUACGACAAAUACACCACGGAUCCAAACGAUCUAGAGGAAGGCCUUUUCAAAGGCAAAAUUCUCAUUCAGGGCUACAAAGCUGUUUUCACGUCGCCCUCUUCAGCAAAGGACGUUGCAGGCGAUGGCGACGGCGCAGAUGUCAUCAGGGACAACACACGCACCAAGAAGUCUUGCGCUGGAAUGAAGGUCAAGAAACAUGUCGCACAAAUCAUCCAGAUGGAAAAAGUUACUCCCCGCUCGAUCGCAUACAUCGCAUGUCAAGUGCGAUUCGCACUUUCUUCUGUAACCUCAUGGCGGUCCAUUGAUGGUGACUUUGACUAUGUGCAAUUCUGGCAGACCAUCGUAGAUUUCUUUGAAAAAGCCCCUGGUCGAGAAGCGCAGCGUAGGGUGAACAAACUCCUUGAGUGGUGGACUCAGAAAAUUUUCGGAAGGAAUCAUCGUGAUGGCCUCAGUGACACAGCGAAAGCUAAUAUGUCCGUCAACACGCUCGCAAGACAGAGGGCACAACGUGAUGAUGCCGCUUUUGAUUCGCCCUAG